UGGCGGGCGAGCAGCAAGUGCAAGCUGAAGGUGGCAGCAACGAGCAGGAGCUGCAGCGUAAGAUGGAGAAGCUGGUCGCGGACUUCGACGAGGAGGUUGACAAGCCGGAGUUGCGCCACCAGCAGGAGCUGUCGGAGCUCUUCGGGAUCCUCAGGGUCAAGAAUGGCGUCGUCUCGCAGCUGCCCCAGGACAUGAAGGACCAGCUUGCCGCUCUGCUGCCCGAGAUCGACGCCGCCCUCAAGCAGUGCGUGCCAUCGCAGGAGGAGGCCGCGCCCGGGAAGAAGACGACGAAGAUGAAGAAGGCGGCGGCGUUGAAUAUGGCCGACUGCAUCCCCUGCAAGCCGAAGACUCACGAAGACGACGACGCCUCGCCGUCGUCGGUGGUGGCGCCGUUGCUGAAGCGGACCAGGGACAUUCUUGGCGACUCCCCUGCUCCUGCAGCGGCAGCAAGGGCGGAGGAGGACGUGUUGUACGAGUGGACGACGAGCUACGUGGACGAGGAGAGGCUAUACGGGUGGGACGAGGAGGCGAAGGACGUGGCGGACGGCCUCGCCGGCCCCGAGGACGGCGGCGACGACGACGAGGCGCCGCUGUUCAGGGCGGCGGGCAUCUUCGGCAUCCACGGCAGCGGCAAGACGGCGCUGGCGCAGAAGGUGUUCAUCCACGACCGCAUCAAGGACACCUUCCCGCUCCGCCUCUGGGUGUGCGUCGGGCCGUCGGAGCACGAGGACAGGUUCAACCUCCUCUACCGCAUGCUCGACAACCUCGGCCUCGACACCUACAAGGUCGAGGAAGUCGUCAACAACUCGGAAGCCGUCAAGAAGCACGCCGACGCCGGCAACCACGCCGCGGCCGAGGAAUCCAAGAUCGGCGUGCUGCUCUUCAUCCUGCACGCGACGCUGGCCAAGACGUCGUACCUGAUCGUGUUCGACGACAUCCGCGCCUACAGCGACUGGUACACCAACCUGUUGCUGCCGCCGCCGACGGACGGCGAGUGGACGGAGCGCCUGGCCUACGGCCUGCCCAAGGUGAAGAAGAGCGCCGUGCUCAUCACCUGCCGCAAGGAGGAGCACGCCAGGAAGAUGGUGCGCACCGGCCGCGUCUUCCACCCGCCGCCCCUCCGAGGCAGCGAAGCAUGGAUGCUCUUCGAGCGCGAAUACGUGGUGGAGGCCAGGAAGAAGUGGCAAGGCCGAGGCGAGUACAGCAAGGAGGACGACAGGCUGUACGAGGAGCUGGAGGGGAUGCAGAAGGAGAUCGUCGGCAAGUGCCUCGGCCUGCCGGUGGCCAUCGUCGAGGCCGCCAAGGGCUUCGCCCUGCUCGACAUUGAAGACGACAAAACUCGACCGCGCGCUGCUACUGCUAAACCGAUAGACGAUGCCGACGCCGGCGAAGCAUGAAGCGUGACUCGCUCUGAUCGAUCCAAUUUAAUACUCCCUUCCCUGCUUAAUUUGCAUGUUCCUCGCUCGAUCAUAUCCUGCCUCAUCUUCCAGCUACUGUACCCAGCGAUCCAAUUCUCGCUACUCUGUAUUUUGUUUCUACGUACGCAUAUUGCAUGAAAAUAUUUUUUUUACCAUC